GUUUUAAGGAAACACGUUGUCUCCGCCUAAUUCCUUUGUCUUGUAGUAAUUCAAUUCAAUUCAAUUCAACCUAUACGUAGGUAGAUAUAUCUACUGAAUCAUUAUGUUGGGAACUUUCUUCGGGAAAAUGUAUCUUGGCGUACACGCGGUGGUGCUAUUGUUGUGCUUGCAAGGAAUCUUGGCAGACGUACCCCCGGUCGACCCGAUUUUCCUAGACGUCCAGGUCGUUUGUCCAAUGAUUGUAGUAGAAUGCGAAGAUGAAUGUGUAAAGACGACAGAUGCCGAAGGUUGUGACGUUUGCAUAUGUCCGGAACCUGAGAUUGCGUGCGCAGUUCCCAGGUGCAUCAACGACUGUGGGCUUUUCGGUGGAUUCAAAAUCAACGAUUUAGGCUGCCAAACAUGUGAUUGUAAUGAGCCCAUGUGUCCACAAGUCGAUUGUCCGCCCUGGAGUAACUGUGAAAAGCGCGGUGGAUACGGGAAAGAUGCUAGGGGUUGCCAAUCUUGUGAAUGCGAUUGCCCCCCAUGUUCGACGGGAUUCAAAACGGAUGCAAACGGUUGUAUGACAUGCGACUGUGACGUCCCGGCAUGCCCGAUGUUCAGGUGUCCCAAUGACUGUCCUAAUGGCUAUAAAAAGAACAGUGACGGCUGUAUGAGUCCAACUUGUGAGUGCAACCCAUCA